UCAAUCGCUGGUCGGGCGAGUCGUGCUACUUGACUGCCAGUUGUGCUUGAACGGUGGAAUCGAUCGCAUGCCAGAAUACGCCCCCGCGAUCGUCAGUCCACCGAGUUCGAAAAUUUAAAUUAUUAUUUUCUUUCCCGCCAGUGAUUUUAAGUGAAAUCACCGCCAUGGCCGCCGCGACGCUGGUCCAACCUAGCGGGGAGAUGUGGAAGAAGAUCCGGGUCGAGCUGAACGAGGAUGUCAACACGAGGGACAGUGACCUGCAGCACAUCAAGGACUGGCUGAGGAAGCAGCCGCAUCUGCCUGAUGAGUGGGACGACGGCCGCAUCAUGACCUUCCUCCGAGGCUGCAGCUUCUCCCUGGAGAAGACCAAGCGGAAGCUCGACAUGUACUUCACCAUGAGAGCCGCCUGCCCCGAGUUCUUCACCAACCGCGACAUCACCAGGCCCGAGCUCAAGGACCUUUUGAACAAGGCCCAAGGGCCCCCGCUGCCAGGCCUUACCCCCAAUGGCAGACGAGUAACAAUUUGCAGAGGUCUAGACAAGAACAUAGACACGAGCCAGCUCAACGACGCGUUCAAAGUGGCCAUGAUGAUAGGGGAUGUCCGGCUGAAGGAGGAGGUGGAGGGGGUGGGGGGGGACGUGUACAUCCUGGACGCGGGCGUGGUGUCCGCGAGCCACCUCGGCACCAUCUCCCCCUCGGCCAUUAAGAAGUUCCUGAUCUGUGUGCAGGAAGCGUACCCGGUGAAGCUGAAGGAGGUGCACGUUGUCAACGCUUCCCCCGUCGUGGACGCCGUCGUGUCCUUCGUCAAGCCAUUCCUGAAGGACAAGAUCAGGAAACGAAUCUUCAUCCACUCGGACAUCAACACGCUGUACGAGCAUGUUCCCAAGGACAUGCUGCCCGUGGAGUACGGGGGCAACGCCGGAUCCGUCGACGACCUCAACGAGGCGUGGACCAAGAAGCUUGAAGAGUACAAGGACUGGUUCAAAUCCGAAGAGUCAGUGAAGGCCAACGAGGCGCUGCGGCCCGGCAGACCCACCAACUACGAUGAGCUGUUUGGCAUCGAAGGGUCCUUCAGACAACUGUCUAUUGAUUAGGAUUAAGAGUUUAUGUUGGCGGAGUUCACAUUUGUAUCGUUUCCCCGCAUAUCUCUAUAUUGUAGCCUCGCCGCGUAUCGUGGUCGCUAGUUUGGACGCAAUUUGUAUGUCUUCUUGAUACAAGGAAAUGAUAUAAAUGUAGACCCGGCUUUAUAGUUAUGUUAUAGUUGUCUCGUCUGCUUUAUGUUUUUAUUGUCGAUAGCUGAUAUUGAAUCGUUUAUAAAGUAGUCACACAUAAAAUUCAAAACUUUUCGUUAAUUAAUCCUAGAUUGCAGGAUCGUAGGUGCUUGUUUCUUUAACGCUGUGUAGGUGUUCGUGCUUCCCCUAGUACAUCGAAUGAAAAUAUUUACUCACUGUUAUUAUACUUAGCUGAAGUCGUGUCGUAGGUAUACCAUCAUGUUGAUUGGUGGAAUGAGUAAAAUUAAAAUAUUUUGUAAAAGUAUAAUGUUAUGUGUAAUAAGCUCACUGUGGUUGUAUUAAAUUGUAGGUAUUGUACUUACGUACUUAUUGGUAUAUUUUUGUUACUACCAGAGGGUGUUAAUUUUAUUAGA